ACAGAAAAGAGUUUACAUGGAAAAGUAAUGAAUGAAAUUGGAUACUAGGAAAGCACAAAAAUGGUAGAGAAAAAGAGAGAAAGGGAUAAUAUGGUAAAUGCCAGGCAGCUAUGAGCAGGGCAGGCAGCGAGAGCGGGAAAUGUAAACACGAAAUACAUCCUCUCUCUUCCCGCGCGCGCUCUCUCUAUCUCUCUCUACAAUAUAUCAAUAAAUAAAUAAGAGUACUAAAUCAUAUUAUAAUUCAAAAAUCAUAUUAUAAUUCAAAAAUCAUAUCAUAUAGUAUAAUUCAUUCAUAAAAGAAAGAGAGUAAGGAUGAUGAAGGAUUCUCCGAAGAAGGAAGAGGGAGUAUCAAAUCCAAAUUCAAUGUCGGUGGAAGAUAGGUACACACAGUGGAAGUCUCUUGUUCCAGUUCUCUACGACUGGCUCGCUAAUCACAACCUCGUUUGGCCUUCUCAAUCUUGCCGUUGGGGUUCCGUUAUCGACCAUGCUACUUACAAGAACCGCCACCGUCUCUAUCUAUCCGAACAAACUGACGGCACUGUUCCCAAUACUCUCGUCAUCGCUACUUGCGAAGUUGUUAAACCUAGGGUUGCCGCUGCCGAACACAUCGCACAGUUUAACGAAGAAGCUCGUUCUCCUUUUGUCAAAAAGCAUAAAACCAUACUUCACCCUGGCGAGGUAAAUAGAAUCAGGGAGUUCGCACUAAAUACUAAUAUAGUAGCCACUCAUACAGAUAGUCCUCAUGUACUAAUUUGGGACGUUGAAUCUCAACCUAAUCGGAAUGCCGUUCUGGGGGCUCCCGUUUCACGCCCUGACUUGGUAUUAACUGGGCAUAAGGAUAAUGCUGAAUUUGCGCUGGCUAUGUGUUCAACUGAGCCUUUUGUUCUUUCUGGAGGGAGGGACAAGCUUGUGGUGUUAUGGAGUAUUCAUGAUCAUAUUGCAACUUUAGCUACAGAAGCAGGAGCCAAUGUUAAACAGGACUCUAAUAGCGAGAAAGCUACAGAAAGCUCAUCUAUUGGACCAAGGGGUAUCUACAGGGGUCAUAAAGACACUGUCGAAGAUGUGCAAUUUUGCCCGUCAAGUGCACAGGAGUUCUGUAGUGUAGGUGAUGAUUCUUGUCUCAUACUCUGGGAUGUGCGUGUUGGAUCUACUCCAGCUGUCAAGGUUGAGAAGGCUCAUGAUGGAGACCUUCACUGUGUAGAUUGGAGUUCACAUGAUAUAAACUUUAUUCUGACUGGCUCUGCUGAUAAUACCGUUCACAUGUUUGAUCGGCGGAAACUAAACAGUCGUGGUGUCGGGUCUCCUGUAUAUAAAUUUGAAGGCCAUGAUGCAGCAGUUCUCUGUGUACAGUGGUGUCCUGACAAAUCAUCUGUAUUUGGAAGUUGUGCUGAAGACGGCAUUUUAAACAUUUGGGACACUGACAAGGUUGGUAAAACAUCAGAUUCUGCUGAUCCCACGGUAUCAAAUACUUCCCCUGGUUUAUUCUUUCGUCAUGCGGGGCAUAGGGAUAAGGUUGUUGACUUUCAUUGGAAUGCAUCUGAUCCAUGGACAAUUGUUAGUGUCUCUGAUGAUUGUGCAAGCACUGGUGGAGGUGGCACUCUUCAGAUUUGGCGGAUGUUGGAUCUAAUUUAUCGACCAGAGGAGGAAGUGAUGGCUGAGCUGGAUACAUUAAAAUCUCAUAUCAUAGGAUGUGACAUUGACACGUGACUUCUCUGAACAAAUUAGUUAACAUCUUUCCAGUUAUGUAGAAGGCUUUGGCGUGUAAAAAUGUUAUUCAAUCUACGUUACAAGAGGGACGAAAAAUUAGAAUGUAAUAAAAAUUGACUUGCUCGAUUCUUGAUUUUGGGAACUAAUUUGAAUGUUCUGAUCUUUGAUAUUGUUGUAUCAUCUAUAUUCCAUACAACAAAAAAGAACAUUCCUGUGCGACUACACUAUU